AUGGCCCGAGCUCGAGUUCAUUUACGCUCACCUCCCCUCCCCGUCCGGGAGAGACAAGUUCGGCUUGAGGGAGUAGAGCGUCAGAUUGACGAGGAAAAAGGAGCUGGCGAUAACCGACUCGAAUCCGGCGUGAUACCGGCGCCACGCGCCUUCCACAUGCCGAGCGGCGUC